GCUCAUAUUUCUCUUUCCAUCUUCUAAUCACCCUCUUCCCUACACUCGUUUACUCAGGCACCGCGCCUGCUUGUCCCGUUUGCUGCUGUUGCUUGCCGUUGUUUACAAAAGCCUCGCUCUCCGCAUCCAAUCCGUGCCACUCUAAUUAUCCUCACAACAAACCACACCUUCAUCAUGAAGACUGCUGCCAUUGCCGCCGGCGUGUUCGCCGCAUCCGUCGCUGCUACUCCUGCCGCUGCUGAGAAGCGUGCUUCCCUGACUGCUGUCACUGUCAAGGGAAAUGCCUUCUUCGCCGGUUCCGAGCGUUUCUACAUCCGUGGUGUUGAUUACCAGCCAGGUGGUUCUUCUGACAUUGCUGAUCCCAUCGCCGACACAACCUCUUGCAAGAGGGACAUUGCCAAGUUCAAGAGCCUCGGUAUCAACACCGUCCGUGUCUACACCGUUGACAACUCUGCCGACCACGACGAGUGCAUGAGCGCGCUCGCCGACGCUGGUAUCUACCUGGCUCUUGACGUCAACACGCCAAAGUACUCGCUCAACCGAGCCAACCCCCAGAAGUCGUACAACGCCGCUUACCUCCAGAACAUCUACGCCACCAUUGACAAGUUCUCCAAGUACACCAACACUUUGCUCUUUUUCUCUGGUAACGAGGUUAUCAACGAUGACGCGACCACCAACUGCGCUCCUUACGUCAAGGCCGUGACUCGCGACAUGAAGUCUUACAUGAACGCCCGGGGUCUCCGGUCUGUCCCUGUUGGCUACUCCGCUGCUGACGUUGAGUCCAACCGUUUCGAGAUGGCUGAGUACAUGAACUGCGGCGCCGAUGCUGUUCGAAGUGACUUCUUCGCCUUCAACGAUUACUCUUGGUGCGACCCGUCCAGCUACACCACGUCUGGCUGGGACCAGAAGGUGGCUAAGUUCGGCAACUACAGCAUCCCUAUCUUCCUCUCGGAGUACGGUUGCAACAAGAACACGCGCCAGUUCAACGAGGUUGCCGCCUUGUACAGCACCAACAUGACCGGCGUCUACUCUGGAGGUCUUGUCUACGAAUACUCACAGGAGAGUUCCGACUACGGACUUGUCUCGAUCAGCGGCAGCACCGUCACCGAGCGCGAUGACUUCACGACUCUCAAGAAUGCCUUUUCGAACACUGCCAACCCCAGCGGUGACGGUGGAUACAAGAGCAGCGGCUCGGCGUCCUCUUGCCCAUCCGAGUCGACCACCUGGAACGUGACUAUCAGCUCCGACCAGCUUCCUGCGUUCCCAUCUGAUGCCUCGACUUACCUCAAGAACGGUGCCGGAACUGGUGCUGGUUUGUCCGGUGCUGGUAGCCAGGACUCUGGUUCAUCGACCUCCGACUUCGCCAGUGAGGCUUCGGGUGCCGUCACAUCGGGAGCUGCUGCCGCCACAUCUGCGAGCGCCAGCAAGGGUGCCGCUGCUGCUCUUAGCCCCGGACAGUUCUCCAUGGCCCCUCUUGUUUGCGGUGCCAUCGUCCUGGCCUCGUCUAUGCUUGGUGGUGCUUUCAUCUUGUGAGGUUGCGGUAUGUUCUAUGUAUUCGCGCACGAGAUGAUAGUACAGGGAUGUAUGAUCCUACGACCCAGUGUGGGCAACGUUCUUUGGGAUAGAGUGUUCUAGGUGUGCUUUCUUUGGAGUUGGUGGUCAUAAUACAGACCAGACCAGGUGUCAUUUACUAGCUUCAUAGUAUAUGUGAUUUCUGUUCAUAGCAUGGUAUUGACAAUUCUUGCAACAAUUCAAAGACGCGUGACGUAGUGAAUUUUUGUAGGUGAUUGGGUUUUGAUCGAUAAGACUUUCGAGGACAUUUGCAACUUGGAUACA